AUGACAGUGACUUCCUUUAAAGGACGCAUGGUACUCUCCCUGGCGGAAUUCUUCUGGCCUUGUAUCCUGUUCAUGAUUCUGACAGUGCUUCGUUUUCAAGAACCUCCCAGACACAGAGACAAUUGCUAUUUGCAACCCCGGGAUCUGCCCAGCCGGGGCGUUUUCCCCUUUGUCCAGGGCCUUCUUUGCAACACCGGGUCGAGGUGCAGGAACACAAGCUAUGAAGGGGCUAUGGAACAGCAUUUUCGUUCUCCUAGGCUCCCAGCUGCAGCUGCUCCUCACCAGAAGGUUGAUGACCUGGCCUUCUUAAAAGAGAUACAGGACCUCGCCCAGGAAGUUUAUGAAGUGAUGGACAAGGCUAGAAACUUACAAAAACUUUCUUUCUGGGUAGAAAGAUCCAAGACUCCAGAUUCUCCUUAUGGUUCCAGUUUUUUAACAAUGGAUCUUAAUAAGACCGAGGACGUGAUUGGGAAGCUCGAGAGUCUUCUCCAGCAGCCUCACCUCUGGGAUUUUCUGCUUUUACUGCCAAGACUCUAUGCCAACAACUUCCACAUUGCAGAUGCCGUCCUCGGGGGAGGACACCUACUCCACGCGGUUCUGAGUUCCUUAUCAGCUCUAGAAGAUUUAGAUUGGCUGCCACUCAACCACACCUUCUCUAGGGUCUCUGAAAUGGUGCUAAAGGUGGCCAUUUCAACGCUGGCAUUCCUGCGGGAGAGUGGAGCGCUGGCCACAGAGUCAGGUUACAGCCUGUCUGUGAAGGAGCUGAUGUGGGACCCACAGAAGGUUCAGGCUGACCUGAAAUCCCGAUUUGGCUUUGAUGACCUUCACGCAGAACGAGUCCUGAAUUACUCUGCUGACCUACAGGAGAUUCCCACAGACAGUUCACUGGAGCAGAUGCUGUGCUCAGCCUUGUCUGGCUCCUCUGAGGAUGAAGACGAUGGAGAGGGUCGCCCUGGAGACUGUGACCCUCGGUGGUCAGCGGCCAAAGACUACCUGGUCCACGCGGUCAGCCGGCUGCACCUCUGCCGACAGGUAUUUGAUCGCUGGUGGAAAGGCAGCCUCUUCCAGCAGGUCCUGGCGGGGAUUGGCCGUGGCCUGGAGGCACUGAGGACUCAGCCUGGGGAGGGGAGCCAGCCCUGCAAGGUGGCCAGGGCUUUGCAGGCCGCUCUCCUCCUCCUGAGUGGCAGCGUGGCAGCAGAUGGCCCCGAGGGCAGCCACACACCUGCCAGGAUAUUACUGUAUAUGCAGACACUGCGGAGCGUCCUCCAGAAGCUGCCCCCGGGGCCGGCCCUGACGCCACUGCUCGAGCUAGACGGGGCUCUCAGGAACGCAGUGGCCCAGGAUCUACACCUCGUCCGCGAAAUCCUUAUUUGUCUCGAGGCAUCUGCCAACAACUCUAGAUCCCGUGGGCCUGGCCAAUCGAAACUGGAAAAGAACGUGCUUUUUAAGUUGCUGAUGAAUAAGAACGCCACUUCUCUCUGCCUCAGUGGAUGCUUGUCUGAGAGGGGAGUUCCCCUGCGUCCCAGGGUGGCUGGCAUCCAGGAGGCCCUUGGGGGACUGACCUGUGGUCCUCUCCCCUCCAGCGAGGCCAGUGCUUUACACAGGCUGCUUGAGUCCGUGCAGGACGCUAAUCAUCUCUUGCAAGCAGUCAUUACUGGGCAGACAGGCGUGCCAGUUUCAAUACCAGAAGACGCCCCGGACUGGCAGGACCUGGGGACGCAGCUGCGGGAAGCGAGCCUGCCCUGCACUCGGCUCCUGCGGCUACCGAGAGCUGAUGUCUCCGCUGCUGACUGUGUGGACCAGCUUUUUUCCGCAGUGAUGUUUCAUACAUUUGAGAAAGCACAAUCAGUCCUGGAACAUACACACUUCUGGAAAGCCUUCAGGGGGUUUAUCAGGAAGACUUGUGAAGUGGCUCGACAUGUGAAUGAGCAGGCGGGUGUCCAGAACGGUUCACUGGGUUUCUCUGAGGAAUCUCCUUGUUAUAAAGAAAACAUGGACUGGAAAAGCAUCAGUGAUAAUUAUUUUGCAUUUUUGAAUAACUUGAUCAAGACUCCAAUAGCUUCCAUGUCCAGGGUCUUAAAUUAUACAAAGGAACUUCUAGUGAUGGAAAAGAAGCUGCAGACCAUUAAAGAUGAGCAAAUAAACUUCCUUUUGUCUUUUAUGGAAUUUUUGGAGAAAUUAUUAUUGCCUAAUCCAUUCAACUUAUCCAGUAUUCUCAAAUUCUAUAACCUCCCAUCUGUCCCUGAGAUGACUCUAAAUACAAGUCAUUUGUGGACAAAUCAUUCAGCAAGUUUAGAGAGAGAUAUACCUGGCAUGGAUACUCAGAAACUUCUGGAAGUCAGCAAAGAGAUGAAUGGAAAAGUACAAACCCAUGAAAGUUUCUGGAUAAGGAAGGAAUCAAUAAAUAUCUUGAGAUUUGUGGAAUUAAUACUUCUGGGGAUGAAUCCCAAGUUUCUGGCAUUGUGGAUGCAUGGUGCUUCAAAAGGAAAGAGAGCUGAACUGGGAAUCUUGCCUACCCUUGUAAAUUUUUCUGAUUCAGAAAGCAAGAUGAUUCACAGGAAAAGCUUUAACUUUUCCCAGUUGUUUCAUUUAGAUUGGUCUGAAUCACCAGCCAUGAAGAUGGAUUUUGUUCAUGUAAUUGAAGUGAUAAUAAAUAGUCUCUAUGAGUUUGGAUUUCUGAGGCAGGAACAAGUCUCAGAAGCUGUGGGCACAGUCUAUGCUAUGAGGAAUGCAUCCAAUCUUUUCUUAGCCCUUUCUGAACCUCAAAAACAAGACAUUGAGAAAAUUUUGACUAGUGUAUAUCUACAAGUCUUCCAGGACAAAGAUUCAGCUUUACUUCUGCAGAUUUAUUCUUCAUUUCACCAGUAUAUGUAUAAAUUCUUGAGCAUUCAGAGCAAAGAGUCUUUGCUUUCUUUCCUUAUGCAAAUCUCAAAACACAUUUUGGAUAUCCUAAAGCAAUUUAAUUUCCAAAACAUCAGCAAAGCAUUUUCAUUUUUAUAUGAGACAACAGGGGUCCUUGGGAGGAUAUCUGAAGUAUCUUACUGUCAACAAUUGCUUUCAAUUUUUAAAUUUUUGGAGCUUAAAGCCCAAUCCCUGAUGUCCACAGAGGGCCCUGCGAUGGAAAUCAUCCAUGCUACUUUGAGAGGCCUCAAGCAGCUCUUCUUGGUGGAUGACGGUUUUCGGAAUUCUGUAUUUCAGUAUGUGAGUCAACUCUUCAGUGGCUCAGCAGAGGCCCUGCUGGGCGAUGAGUGCUUUGUUCUGGAUAAUAAAAGCAUUUCUUCUGCAAAUUAUUCACCAGAUGAGGGGUCUCCAUUUAUCCUCCCAUGGGCACAAAUCCUUUCAAACUUCUCAGCAGAUGGCGGUGAGUUCCAUGAGUUUACAGCUCUUCAUUGCACCACUUUGUGGCUUCACAUGUGGACUGAGGUCUGUGGACACAUAGCUCAGAUAUUUGAGCUGGACACGAAUGUUUUCACUCUUCUUCGUGGUGGUCUCAAUCAGCUUUUGGAUGAACUGGAAAGUGAUGAAAAAAUUCCUAAAAUCUGUCAGGAAAUACUUCCCAACCAUUAUCCUGCUAAACUCAUCUUAAAUUUGUUUAAGAAUGUAACUCAAAGUGAUGGCUUUCAGGAUUGGAAUGAUUUCCUGAAUCUCAGGGAUCUCUGGGUAGCACUAGGUGAUGGAUUAGUUCGAGUAAAGUUGCUUAACCUGGACCAAAUAGAGAAAUCCCUUUUCACCAUGGAAACUACCCUGAGUCAGCUGAAGUCACUUCCAUUAGACACCAACGCAAGCAGAGAGUUUUUAUAUUCUCUGCUCAACAUUUUUAUUGAGUUGAGCAAUACCUCAGCAUCUACAGAUAGAAGUGUACAUUUGAUGAAUAACUUUCUGUUAAGAAACCUCACAAAUUAUGAAGUAAAGCUUGCAAGUGUCAUCACCGACCUAAGAGACACAGUAUUAUUUCUUAAAAAUGUGUCCCACGACCAAGAUUUAUUGUCCUGUGCUGACAUUUUCCAAAAUGUCACUGAGUUUAUUUUGGAAGAUGAUUUAUUGUAUGAAAAUUCUUCCCAGAGGGCAUUACACAUUCUGGCCAUGUUGAAUUCCACAUUUUCCUCUGUGGACACAGUUAGCAGGCUGAAAGGCUGUGUCAUGUGGGUCAGCACUGUGAACAACCUGUGUGCUAUGUAUAACUCCAGUUUUUCACAAGGCCAUCUUCAUGGUGUUCUGAGGAGUCUCAGAGAUGUGAAAGACAAACUGAACUCUACUUUGAAGCUCGUUACUUGGAUGUUGAAUAUAAUGAUGGAGCCUUGCUCAUUGAAUACGUCAAACAUAAACUGUGUGAAUGUUUACUUAAAAAAUGUGACUGACUUUCUGAAUGUUCUACUCACUACAGUCUUUGGAAAAGAAAAGGUAUCAAAUUUUGAGAUUUUAUUAACUCUUUUAAAUGAUUCCACAAACCAAGUAAGGAUGAUUAUCAACAACUUCUCGAGAGACUUUGAUUUUGCACCUCAAUCUAACUGGACACGUUUUACUGAAUUAAUUCUAAAACCCAUAGAAAGGUCAGAUGAAAUGCCUCUUCAAUUUCAAAAUAUUUGGCUGCAUUUAGUAGCUCUGGGGAAGGAAAUUCAAAAUCUUGUGAAAGAUAUUUCCCCUAACAUCCUGGAAAAUAGCACCUUUUAUAAAGCUGAAAAAAUUUUAAGCAUAAUUGCUACCAGUCCAAAGGAAAAGGAUAUACACAGAUUAGGCAAUUCAUUUUACCAGUUAGCUAGUUACCUUGCCUUCAAUUUAUCUCAUGAUCUCCAAAAUUCACCCAAAAUAAUUUCUCAUGAAGUAAUGAAAGUUGUGGGUCUCAGUAUUCAACUCAUGAGGGAUGUAUUCAACUCUCUAACACCCUCUGCUUACCACAAUAUUCCACAAGAGCCAGGUGACUUUCAAGUGUUGAAGAAGAUGACUUCUCUCCUGCGCAGUGUCAAGAAAACAGACAUAUACCUGCUAGUAGAUCAGCUUGAACGCAUUAGUGAAAGCACGAUGGAUUUCUUCAAGAACAUCAGCAGGUUAGGUGCUAGUGAUUUGGGGAUCGGCUUCUUUGUUGACUUAAUGGAAAAGUUUGUCAACAGCUCACAUUCUUGGAGUAUUAGCCAUCUGCUGAGGCUCUCACGUCUGUUUCCUAAAAAGGAUGCUGAUGCCGUGGUGGAUGCGUACUACAUGCUCCCUCAUGCCAUGAGGUUCCUGAGGGGCAUGGGUGACAAAAACAUCACAGAGGCCCUCAAGGAUGUCUAUAACUUCACACUCCUCCAUGGCAUACACUUUUCAGAUGUCACCAAGGAAGACUUCACUGUUGUGAUAAAAACUUUUAUGGACACAAUUGAAUUAGUAUCAGCUCAACCGGGCAUCCUUUCGGAGACAUUAACUUGUCUUCCUGUGUUUCGGUGCUGGAAUCAUACAACUUCUGGGUUUCAGCAGAACCCAAGAUCAGACGCCUGUAAUGCCCAUGAGCUCACAUCUUCCUUUUAUAGCAAAGUAGCUAGUAUCCUUGACCACCUCCACCUGUCUCCCCAUGGUGAUGAUUCACAAUGUUUGAAUGAAAGCUCACAGAUGGAAAUAACUAGGAAAGUAGUCUGUGUAAUUCAUGAACUAAUGGACUGGAGUUCCAUUCUUCUAGAGCUAUCUGAAGUUUUCCAUGUUAAAACCUCACUUGUGAAAUCUGUGCAAGAAUUUUGGCAUAAGGUGUUACCAUUUGUCCCGCUUUCUGGAAAUCAGAGUAGUGGCAGCAUCCCUGAGCUCUGUCCUGGUCAUCUCAUAAAGCAAGUCACUUUGCCAAUCAUAGAAAAAUUAAAAAACUUCAACUUUACAAAAGUCACAUCAGAUGAAAACCUUCUUGAAAAACUAGUUAGUUUAAACAAGAUUCUUAAUGUGGAUGAAGGAGCAGGAACAUCUGUUUGGUAUAAUAUUUCCUUUCAUUUGAAAAGGAUAAUAGACUUUCUUUCUAGGAAGGAGAACUUGGUAAACAGCACCAAUUCUCUAGUCUCUCCGUUCAUGACACUGCUGAAUUCAAACCUCACAGGCAGUAGUUUAGAAGCAUUAUCAUGGUUUAUUAAGAAAAGCGAAGCAGCUGACAACUUGGAAAAACAAUGGCUUGAGUUUGAACAAAUUAUGAAAGACCUAACCCAUAAUUUUAGUAUCAGACCCCUAUAUUCUGAAAUUGACAAAGUGAUGCAAAGGACUAAUUCAGUGGCUCUUCAAAACAUACCCUUGCCACUUGCCCACUUUUUGGAAAGCCUGAAUUUAUCAUCAUUGAAGACAUUAGAAAUUAUUGAAGAAUUUUUACGGGUCAUAAAGAACUGGUUUCAUAAAUUUGCACAUGAAGAUUACUCCAAAAUGAUACAAACAUUAUUUCUUCUUUUGGCUAAUGAGAGUUCAACUGAUGAUAUCGCUUUGGUGACUAAAGACGUUGCUACCUUUUUGGGUUAUCUCAAAAAUGUUUCUAGAGAAGGUAAUUUUGAUGUUGCCCUUCUUACUCGUCAGCUAAGUCAAGAACAGCUAACUAAUUUCUCAGUUGUUCAGCUGCUUUUUGAAAGCUUCCUAAUUAAUUCAAUCAAUAACUUAGCUGAGCAUUCUCAAGGAGCAGCCUUGAAUUUAAGUGAUACUGACCUUCAAAUAAUGAAUCUCAUUAACCUCGUCUUGAACCACACACAGUCAGAAAAUGGUGAGAGAAUCAUUCUCCCUCCAAGAAGCAGAGUGGGUUUCAUGGAACAGCUUUUGAAAACAUUCUUUUUACUAAAGGAAAAUUCUGGGAACAAAAUAUUUCUUCUGCUAAAAGACAUCCACAAAGAUCUCUUUGCAGAGAUGAGUUUUGUCCUAAAGGAUAAAAUUCUAGAAAAUUUGAAACUCGAUCAUUUUCUCACCUCCAUGAAAGAAGAUAGACUGGUGAACGCUCUUUCAACUUUAAAGGAGACUGUGUAUCAUCUAAUAAAGAACUCAUUUAUGUUAGAUGAUGGAGAAUUAUAUUUUGAUAAUCAUCAAGGACUGCAGCUCCUGGGAGAUUUAUUCCACACUCUUCUAAGGGAAACAUCAAUGAAAAAGGAGACUGAAAAUAAUCUGGAGUUUCUUAUGGUGCUGAAUCAGUUGCUUUCCCAUAUGAACAGUUCUGAGGACCUUUUCAAACUCAAUCAAGAUCUCCAGUCAGCUCUUCACCUCGUGAGAGAAACUUCCAUGGUGAUAGCACGUUUCAUGGACACUCUUUUAAGCUCUCCUGUUAAGGACCUCCGUGUGCUGUACCCUUCCCUCCAGGAAGUUAUACUUGCAAAUCUAACCAAUUUGCUUUCCUUUGUAAACAAUUCAUUCCCCCUAAGAAACAGAGAAACAUUAGAAAUUACCAGGCACUUACUGGAUGUUAUCUCAGGAGCAUAUGGGGAGAACUGUGCCCUUGACCCACUCUUGGAGAUGUCUGACACUCUGACCAUGCUGGCCGAUGAUGGUGUAGAGAUGAGACGUCUUGCCACAUCAGUCACCUCCACUGUGGAAUUUCUUAAGUUAGCCAAGAAAAUUGCAAGAAAGGUGGCCACCGUAUUUCAAACUCAUCUCAUUUCCACUGCCAAUGACACCAUGAAAUUCUUUGACACUCUUUAUUUUCUUUUGCGACAAAGUGUUCGAAAUGUUGUCAAUGAAAUGAUUACUUUGAAAAAAGCAGAUCAUUUAAUAUUUGAAAAUAUAGAUGACUUGUUGAUGCCAUUUCUUGACUUGGCCUUUGGGAUGAUUGGAGUUAAGCCUAAUAUUUCCCAAGACUUAUAUAUCCUCAAUAUGUCAUCUGGCACAUUCACAUACAUGAACCAGUCCAAAGAGCUUUAUGAUAUUAGGGAAGAAAUAGCUGACUUUUUAACUUCUGUGAAAAUCAAUUUGGGAGACGUGGAACGUCUCCUGGCAGCAUUUAAAAAUGGGGCCCAAAUAUUUUCUGUGGAUUCUGUCAGUUUAUGGGAAGAAAUCCUGGAUUACUUAGCUCCUAUAAAUAACAUCACCAGUCACAUCGACUUCUUGUAUUCUAACCCAAUUUCCACUCAUAAUUUCCCUCAAGAUACAAAAUGGGGAAGAACUCGUGAAGUGGUCCUGUUUCUGUGUGAAAUCCUGUCACAAAACAGGACAGAACUAGGGAGUUACUUGAGAAUGGUGAUCAACCUUAUCUCAGUCGCACUUUGGAAUGACACAGGGAAGGACCACAGGGAUGUUUUUAAUCUGUUGCUGACAUUGGCUCCGCAUCCAGAUGACCUUUUGAAAAUCAUCACGACAGUGGGAGAGGCCUCCCGUGAAGCUCCACUUUUUAACACCUCUUGGAUUCGGAAUGUGACUGAGCAACAACCCCACGAAGCCAUCCAGACCCUGCUGAGUAAAAUAGCUCUCAUGAAGAAAGAGCUUCUCCUCAAUAGCUCUCAGUGGAUGUACUCCGUGAGCACUUUGCUUCAGCCCUUUUUUGAAAUUUUUAUUCAUGCAACCACUGGGACACGUGAGAAGACCCAGAAAGAGCUGGUUGACGGUCCUGAUAUCCUCAAACCAUUAUCGCGUUUUGAGGAAUACCGGAAGGCAUUAAUUGCAUUGGUUGAAUACUGGCAGAGGGUCUCGCUGAUUGAUCAAAGUGUCUUGGAUGUCUGUCGGGCUUUUCUGCAGUCCCCGGAGCCCACGGAUGCCGUGGCGACCCUGUGGAGAAUGGAGACACUGGCCCAGCGCGUGCUCGUCCUCCUUGCAGAAAACCAGUCUCUGACGAAGGACGUGUUGUGUGCCGCUCUGCACUGUGAGCAGAGCGUGGUGAGGCUUCUGCUGUUAUCUGCCCUGCGAGGGGUCGUUCUGGUGCACGACCACUACCAGGAAUUGGAAAAGAUAUGGACCUCUCCCCAUCAGCUAAGCUGUGAAGGCCUCCGCAGGAAUCUCUCCAGAGCCUUGGAAAGCUUCCGGAGCAGUUUGGAAGAUGCCAGUGAGCAGGACUGUGAAUGCCAGCCUGGGCCAGCCUCCAAGCCACACACGCUGGCCCAAAGCCUGGAGAAGACUUUAUUGUUGUCUGGGAAUCCCAUAAUGACUUUUCUUAGCAAUUUCACAGUAGCUGAGGGUGUAAAAGUAAAAGAUCUGAUGCAGAAUAUCAGCAAGUUAACUGAGGAGCUCCGAUCUUCUUUGCACUUCUCAGAUGGAACCAUCAAUAGUAUUUUAGAAGCAAACAUCUCCCACUCAAAGGUGCUGUCCAGCGUCCUGACGGUGGCUUUGUCUGGAAGCUGCAACAGGGACGUCCUUCGGCUCCUGCUCCAGUUCCCUGAAGACGGAAAGUCUGAGUCUGUUGCGAGGGAGCUGUGUGGGCUGCCCAGGGCCCAGGUGUUUUCCGUGAUUGUGGUGUUGGCUCGAAACCUGGACCUGCGGAACUUUGUUUACAAAACUCUGCUUCCUGCUGAAGCCAGCACCCUGCUGAGCGCCCUGCUAGAUGUCGUGUCCAGCCUCAGCCACCUGCUUCCCAGAGCUGGCCGCGUCCUCGAACGCCUUCCUGCAUUCCUCCAUGAAUUUAAGAUCACUGCUUUGCUGGAUGCACCUGACUUCCAGCAGGCUUCACAGGGUAACCAGGCCAGAAGUUCAGCCAUUGGUUCUUUCCAAUCUUUGAUGAAGAUGGUUUGCAAGGACCAAGCAUCUUUCUUCAGCAGCUCUGACACCUUUCUUAACUUGCCUAGAGUUAAUGAACUCUUAGGAGAUGACAAAGAGAAAUUCAACAUUCCUGAAGAUUCAACACCAUUUUGCUUGAAGCUUUAUCAGGAAAUUCUGCAGUCUCCAAAUGGCGCUUUGGUGUGGUCCUUCCUAAAACCUGUAUUACAUGGAAAAAUACUGUAUACACCAAACACUCCAGAGAUUAAUAAAGUCAUUCAGAAGGUAAAUCAUACUUUUGAUUUUGUGGGCAAGUUGAAGACUUUAUUAGAAAUACUGCUGAAUGAGUCCAGCAUUUUUCAGAGCAGCGGAAACGGCCAGAUGCUCCACCGGCUGCAGGAAGCCCUGAAAAACAAAUUUAUAAGAAGCUUUAUAAAAAGCCAGCUGCACAUUGAUGUAGGCAAACUGACUGAAAAGCUUCAGAUCUUUGGAGGGAAGUUGGACGCCGUGUUGAACCACACGGGCGCCGGCCGCCUGCGCUCCCUGGGCCGCGUCCUGGCCGACCUGGCCUCCUGCGUCCAGCUGAACCGCUUCCAGGGCCUGGCCUCUGCUGCCGCCCUGGAGGCCACCACACAGGCCCUCCUGCGCAAUAACACUUUAUUGGCCAGCAUCAUAUUCAACAGUUCCUUAGUUGGUAAGAACCUCAGCUCAGAACCUCUGCAGCUACCGCCCCAGGUCACCUACAGCAUCCGGACCAGUAUCUUGUAUAGCAUGAGAACAGAUCUGGUGAAAAACCCUUUCUGGAAGUUCCACCCUCAGAGCCUCCCAGCUGACGGGUUCAAGUAUAAUUACAUCUUUGUGCCGUUGCAAGACAUGAUCGAAAGGGCCAUCAUCUCGGUGCAGACGGGGCAAGAGGCCCUGGACCCGGCUGCACAGGCCCAGGCCAUCCCGUACCCCUGCCAUACCAGCGACCUGUUCUUGAACAACGUCGGCUUCUUCUUCCCCCUGAUAAUGAUGCUCACGUGGAUGGUGUCUGUGGCCAGCAUGGUCCGAAAGCUGGUUUACGAGCGGGAGAUCCAGCUGGAAGAGUACAUGAGGAUGAUGGGCGUGCACCCGGCCGUCCACUUCCUGGCCUGGCUCCUGGAGAACAUGGCCGUGCUGACCGUGAGCAGUGCGGCCCUGGCCCUCAUCCUCAAGGUCAGCGGUGUUUUCAGCUAUAGCAGCGCCUGGAUCGUCUUCCUCUUCCUCCUGGACUUCGGUGUGUCGGUGGUCAUGCUGAGCUACCUCCUGAGUGCACUGUUCAGCCGCGCCAGCGUGGCCGCCCUCUGCAGCAGCCUGCUCUACACAGCCAGCUUUCUGCCCUACAUCGUGCUGCUGGUGCUGCAUGACCAGCUGGGCGUCCUCCUGCAGACGCUCCUGUGCCUCCUCUCCACAACUGCCUUUGGACAAGGAGUGUUUUUUAUUACAUUCCUAGAAGGGCAAGAGGCAGGGAUUCAGUGGGAUAAUAUGUACCAGUCUCCGGAACUAGCAGGCAUGACAUUUGGCUGGGUUUGCUGGAUGAUUCUGUUUGAUUCAGGACUUUAUUUUGUAUGUGGAUGGUACUUGAACAACUUGAUUCCUGGAACUUUUGGUUUAAGGAAACCGUGGUAUUUCCCCUUCACCGCAUCCUACUGGAAGGACUUGUGUGGGCUAGUGGUGAAAAGGCAGAGCCCAGCCAGUUCUACCCUGUUCUCUAGUGAGAACCUGGGUGGUCAAGGCUCAUCCCUGCAAAAUGGAGAAGGAGAACUGGAAGGAGGCUCCCCCGGUGUUGUCCUGCUGUCUGUGACCAAGGAGCAUGAUCGCCACAAGGCGGGGGUCUGGGACCUGACCCUGACCUUCCACAGGGACCAGAUCACUGCCCUGCUGGGGACCAAUGGCGCUGGGAAGACCACCGUCAUAUCCCUGCUCACAGGACUCUACCCCCCAACGUCUGGGACCAUCACUGUCAAUGGCAGGAGCCUGCAGAAGGACCCAUCUGUGGUCAGGGCAGAGCUGGGGGUGUGUCUGCAGCGGGACAUCCUGUUCGACCACCUUACGGUGCUCGAGCACCUGCUGCUCUUCGCCUCCCUGAAGGUGCUGCCGGGGACCCACCAGAAGCUGCGUGAGCAAGUCCACAGAACUCUUCAGGAUGUGGGGCUGACGCCGCACCAGCACCAACAGGCUCGAGUGCUCUCAGGGGGCACGCGGAGAAAGCUGUCCAUCGGCAUCGCCUUCCUGGGUGCGUCGGGGACCGUGGUCUUGGAUGAGCCCACCAGCGGGGUGGACCCGUGCUCCCGCCGUGGCAUCUGGGACAUCCUCCUCAAGCACCGACGAGGUCGGACGAUCAUCUUCACCACCCACCACCUGGAUGAGGCUGAGGCGCUGGGUGACCAUGUGGCCGUGCUGCAGCGGGGGCGGCUCUGCUGUUCCGGGUCCCCUGCCAGCCUGAUCCGGGCCCACGCCCAGGGGCUCCGCCUGACACUCAGCAGGCAGCCUUCUGUUCUGGAGGCCGAUGACCCGAAGGACACAGCUUGUGCCACGUCUCUGAUCCAGAGCUACAUCCCACAAGCAUCUCUUCGAGGCAGCAGCCGGGGCGAGCUGAGUUACGUGAUCCCUGAGGAUGCAGACAGAGCCUGCUUCAAAGGGCUCUUCCAGGCCCUAGACCUGAACCUCCACCAGCUGCACCUGACAGGCUACGGGCUCUCAGACACCACCUUAGAAGAGGUGUUUCUGCAUCUUUUGCAAGAUUCCAAGAAGCAACCUGAUGCUGCCCUGAGCUUGGAGUCGGCACCCCCAGAGCCUGGUCCUGGUCACUACUGCACACCUGCUGGCACCCCCCUGGUGCGGGGUGGCCCCCUGCUCCUGGCACAGACAGCUGCCCUCCUGCGGAAGCGGCUUCUCCACGCUGGCCGGGCCUGGAAGGGCACCGUCUCCGACUUGCUGCUGCCCAUGCUCUUCGUGGCCUUGGCCAUGGCCUUGUUCAUGGUCAGGCCUUUGGCCAUCAACUACCCUCCCCUCAAACUGACACUGGGUCAUUACGACAAGGCAGAAACCUACUUCUUCAGGAUGAGUAGCAGUGACAACGAUAGCCUGGAGCUCGCCCGUGUGCUUUUGCGGAAGUUUGGCGAUCAGGACCUGCCCUGUGCUGACUCAUACCCAGACCUGGAGAAUUCUUCCUGCUGGCACACCGACCCCUCCUCUCCCCGGGGCGUCCAAGAGUCUUGUGGCUGCCUGGAGUGCCCCAAUGCGAGCACCAGGGCUCCCUACCUGACCAACCACCUGGGCCACCAGCUUCUCAACCUCUCUGGCCUCCCCCUGGAGGAGUAUUUGCUGGCACCGACGGAAAAACUGAGGCUCGGAGGAUGGUCUUUUGGAGUGCAAAUCCCCAAUCAAGUUCAAGACACAAAUUCAAAUAUGUCAAAACCCCAAAAUCUGGCAAAGGUGUGGUACAACCAGAAAGGCUUCCACUCCCUGCCUUCCUACCUGAAUCAUCUCAACAAUCUUAUUUUGUGGAGGCGCUUACCCCCUACCGCAGACUGGAGACAGUACGGAAUCACAGUCUACAGCCACCCGUAUGGAGGGGCCUUACUGAAUGAGGACAAGAUCCUGGAGAGCAUCCGCCAGUGCGGUGUCGCCCUGUGCAUCGUGCUUGGCUUCUCCAUCCUCUCCGCGUCCAUCGGCAGCUCCGUGGUGCGGGACAGGGUGACCGGAGCCAAGAGGCUGCAGCACAUGAGCGGCCUGGGCUACCGGACCUACUGGCUCACGAACUUCCUGUUUGACAUGCUCUUUUACUUGGUCUCCGUCUGCCUGUGUGUCUCUGUGAUUGUGGCCUUCCAGCUCACCGCCUUCACUUUCCGGGAGAACCUGGCGGCCACAGCCCUGCUGCUGGUACUUUUCGGGUAUGCCACUCUCCCCUGGAUGUAUCUCGUCUCGAGGGUCUUCUCCAGCUCGGAUGUUGCUUUCAUCUCCUACAUCUCCUUGAACUUCAUCUUUGGCCUCUGUACCAUGCUGAUGACGGUCAUGCCGAGGCUGCUGGCCAUCGUCUCCAAGGCUCAGAACUUACAGAACAUCUAUGACGUCCUCAAGUGGGUCUUCACUAUUUUCCCUCAGUUCUGCCUGGGUCAGGGGCUGAUAGAACUCUGUUACAAUCAGAUCAGGUACGACCUGACCCAUAACUUGGGCAUCGAUUCCUAUGUGAGCCCAUUUGAGAUGAACUUCCUGGGCUGGAUCUUCGUGCAGUUGGCUGUACAAGGCUCGGUCUUUCUCCUCCUGAGGGUGCUGCUGCACAGAGACCUCUGGCUUCUACCCAGGGGCCACUCUGCCAUUCAAGGCACAGUCACGUCUUCUAAGGACAUAGAUGUUGAAAAAGAGCAAGUGAGGGUGCUGAAAGGCAGAACCAACGGCGACACUCUUGUGCUGUGCAACCUCAGUAAGAGUUACAGGGGCUUCUUCAAGAGCACGAGCGCUGUGCAAGAUAUCAGCUUGGGCGUGCACAGGGGAGAGUGCUUUGGGCUUCUCGGGGUGAACGGAGCUGGGAAAACCACCACUUUCAAAAUGCUGACCGGGGACCUGCGUCCAAGCUCGGGACACGCUGUCGUCAGGACUCCCUCGGGAGAGGACGUGACUCUGUCUCUUGCUGGUGCAGCCGGCAUCCGCGUUGGCUACUGUCCGCAGCAGGACGCCCUGGACGAGCUCCUGACGGGCUGGGAGCACCUGCGCUAUUACUGCUGCCUCCAUGGGAUUCCAAAGCAGUCCAUCCCCAAGGUGGCUGGGGACCUCGUGAGGCGCCUCCAUCUAGAAGCCCACGUGGACAAACCCGUGGCCACCUACAGUGGGGGCACCAAGAGGAAGCUGUCCACAGCCCUGGCCCUGCUGGGGAAGCCCGACCUUCUCUUACUGGAUGAGCCCAGCUCCGGGAUGGACCCCUGCUCCAAGCGGCACCUGUGGGAAGCGGUGAGGAAGGAGGCUGAGGCAGGCUGUGCUGUGGUCCUGAGCUCCCACAGCAUGGAGGAAUGCGAAGCUGUGUGCACAAGGCUUGCCAUCAUGGUCCACGGCAGCUUCCGAUGCCUGGGUUCCCCACAGCACAUCAAAAACAGGUUUGGUGAUGUUUAUACAGUCAAGGUUUGGCUCCACAAGGAAGUAGAUCAACACAGCACUGUUUCCGACUGCUUAAAGCUUUAUUUUCCGGGAAUCCAGUUUAAGGGACAGCGCCUUAAUUUGUUGGAAUAUCACAUGCCAAAAAGACAGGCGUGCUUAGCCAACCUGUUCAGGGUUCUAGAAGACAAUAAAAGCUUCCUGAAUAUCAGACAUUACUCCAUCAACCAAACCACUCUGGAGCAGAUAUUUGUUAAUUUUGCAACUGAGCAGUGGCAAACUCCAUCGCCUUCUUAUCUGUCCGCCGAGUGUGAUCAACCACGGUACCUGCCUGUCUAAACACUAAGAAGACGUUUUUCAGGGAAAUAAAACCUUGUCUUUUGUUUUAAUUAAAUUCAAAGAUCAAAGAAGCAAGUGGGCCGCAGAGAAGGUGGAAGACACGGGUGGCAGUCCAGUCUCAUUCUCUCCUUCAUAUUCUGUUUUGAAGCUCUUUGUUAGUUAAUAAUGAACACGCUGAAAGGUCAUGCUUUUCUGCAGACUUUUGGACAGUUUCUCUGAGUUAGUUACUCUUUUUGCCAAGCCGAGGUGGCUUCCUGGGACACAGGAAGGAACUGACAUGCCUUCAGGAGCUAGAAAGGCUGUCAGAGGUUGUCUGGGUCAAACAUUCCAUUUUAGUUUUAAAGAACCUGAGGCCCCCAAGGUUAAAGAGCUUCUUACCUUAUUUGCAUAGAGAAUAGCACCCAGGAUUGUUUCCUACUUUUGUAAUCUGUUUACUGGGUUAUCUUUGUUGUUCAGUCGCUCAGUCGUGUCUGACUCUCUGCGACCUCUUUGACUGUGGCCCACCAGGCUCCUCUGUCCAUGGAAUUCCCAGGCAAGAACACUAGAGUAAUUGCCAUUUCCUUCUCCAGGGGAGUUAUAUUUACACGUGUCUAAGUAAAAAUUCAAUGAUUUAAAUGCACCCUUUCCAUAACCCUGGAUAACACUAUAUGGUAGGAGAUGAAAGCAUACCAUUUCUUCCUUAUAAAAGAGUCUUUUUAAAAAUAGGAAUUAAAGAAAUUUUCAGUUAGUUUUGCUUUAUCAAAAUUAAGUAAAUUGAACCGGGGGCUCUGUAUCAUUUACAAAAAAUUUGACCAGAAUUUCAUAGAUUAUAAAUUUAGGGAAAUAUAGAAAGAAUUGUGAUAUAGACAUAUUUUCCUUUUAUUAAUUUGAAUUAGUUAUUAUUGUUCUUAAAGUUAUUCUAAGUCAGUGGUUUUCAGAGUGUGCUGGCGCCCAUAACAGCUGCAUCAGCGUCUCCUGGGAGCUUGGUAGAAAUGCAGGUUUUCAGCCCCCACCCCAGAAUCUAAAACUGUGGGGUGGGGGCCCUGCAGUCUCCGUUCAAACAAGUCCCCUGGGUUUCUGAAGCACUUUUCAGUUUUAAAAUCAAUGAUCUAAGAAAUACCUAGGUACCUUCUAAUUAUAGAAGCAAAAUUAGCACCAUAUGUAGGAAACACUGAUUUUUAGACAAGUUUUAUAUUUCUAAAAUUAUGUCAUUCUUGGAAUUAUUGUCCUCAGAGUAUUCUCAGAUAUAAAGUGCUCAAGUGUGGCUCUAAAAGGCUGUGUAAACUUGAAUAAAAUCACUAUGUCUGCUCCUCAAAAGAGUUUCUAGUCAGACACUUCUGAGUUGAAAGUUUUCUCAACCUUCAUUGAAUAAUAUUUUUCUAAAAUAGAGGACUGCACUGACUUUAUUUUAAAAUUUAAUUUUAUCCAAUUAAGUUAUUGAAUAAUAGUAGCUUGUGAUCAAAGCAAAACACUUUCUUGUGGUAUUUCUUUGCUGAAGCAAAAUUUCAUUAAAAUAUAAUCUUUCCUGACUAUAACUUUACACUAGAGAUUUUUUUAAAUGGUAAGGAUUAAGCCAAUCAUGAAUUGUUUUGGUGGAAUGGUUUUGAUUCACUUUGUAUCACUUGAAUUAUGCUUUCUUGAAGAAGUUAUAAUUCUGGGUUUUAUGAUUUUCCCAAAAUUCUCACAUUGUCUCCUUGUCAAAAUGGAAGAUGUAAUCUUUUGUUGUUGUUGAAUCAGUAGAUAAAAUCUGUGAAUAAUGAACAUGUUUAUACU